AAACUCAAAAACAAAACAAAAAAAUUAGUAUUUCCUUCGGAGCCUGGCCGGCGAAUCCGACCGGUCGUUUCAGCUGUGUCCGAAGGAAAGUUCCAAUUUUUACUGUUUUUAUUCACGGAAAUCCAGUUAAGGUUUCCACAUUGAACAAUCACAACUGUACCAUUUGUCGAGAUCACAACACUCAAGUGUCUUAGAUUUAGCAAGCCUAACUAUUGACUAAUGACGGCUUCAUUGCAGUUGUAUGGAGUUAAAGCUCCAGGCCUUGCUUUAAGUUCAAAGAGGCUUGAGUUUGGCUCAAAGGGGUCUAGUUUUUCAGUUACAUUGCCAUCAAGUAGUGCAGUCUUUAGAGCCGUAGAGCAUUCUUGUAGGAAUAUAGCUUUGAGAGUUAGUUGUGAAGAUGUAAGAGUCGAUUUGCUUGAAAGAAAAGAGCCCGAGACCUGCAAUUCAAGCGCAAAUGGCAAAGAGUUGACAUGUGUAAUGAAAUUCGGCGGUUCAUCAGUGGAAUCAGCAGAGAGGAUGAAAGAAGUUGCCAAUCUUAUACUCAGCUUUCCAGAUGAGAGGCCCGUCAUUGUGCUAUCAGCAAUGGGGAAGACAACUAAUAAGCUUUUGAAGGCUGGAGAGAAGGCUGUUACUUGCGGUGUCACUAACGUAGAAAGUAUUGAAGAAUUGAGCUUUAUAAAGGAACUCCAUUUAAGAGCUGCUCAUGAGCUUGGAGUGGAAACAACGGUUAUUGAAAAACACCUAGAAGGACUACACCAGCUUCUCAAAGGCAUAUCAAUGAUGAAAGAGUUAACCUUACGUACAAGGGACUACUUGGUUUCAUUUGGAGAGUGCAUGUCCACAAGGCUUUUCUCUGCGUAUCUCAAUAAAAUUGGCCACAAAGCGCGUCAAUAUGAUGCAUUUGAGAUCGGGUUUAUUACCACUGACGACUUUACAAAUGCUGAUAUACUUGAAGCAACGUACCCUGCCGUCUCAAAAACACUAGUUGGCGACUGGAGCAAGGAAAAUGCAGUCCCUGUUGUUACUGGCUUCCUCGGAAAGGGAUGGAGGUCUUGUGCUAUAACUACGUUGGGUAGGGGUGGCAGCGACUUGACGGCUACAACGAUUGGGAAAGCGUUAGGACUGCGGGAAAUUCAGGUUUGGAAAGAUGUAGAUGGAGUUUUGACUUGUGAUCCUAACAUAUAUCCUGGAGCUCAAUCUGUUCCAUACUUAACUUUCGAUGAGGCAGCUGAGCUUGCUUACUUUGGUGCCCAGGUGCUGCAUCCACUGUCUAUGAGGCCAGCAAGAGAUGGCGACAUUCCUGUAAGGGUGAAGAACUCGUACAACCCCACUGCUCCAGGAACUGUCAUCACGAGAUCAAGAGACAUGAGUAAGGCCGUGCUGACAAGCAUUGUUCUGAAACGUAAUGUGACCAUGUUGGACAUAGCAAGCACCCGUAUGCUUGGCCAGUAUGGUUUCCUUGCCAAGGUAUUUACCACAUUUGAAGAUUUAGGCAUAUCGGUCGAUGUUGUGGCAACAAGUGAAGUUAGUAUAUCAUUGACAUUGGAUCCAGCAAAGCUCUGGGGUAGAGAGUUAAUUCAACGGGUAAAUGAACUGGAUAAUUUGGUGGAAGAGCUAGAAAAGAUUGCUGUUGUGAAACUGCUGCAGCGCAGAUCAAUCAUCUCUCUCAUAGGAAAUGUUCAGAAAUCUUCACUCAUAUUAGAGAAGGUGUUCCAAGUACUUAGAAGCAAUGGAGUGAAUGUGCAGAUGAUCUCUCAGGGUGCAUCUAAGGUAAACAUCUCGUUGAUAGUGAAUGAUGAAGAGGCAGAGCAAUGUGUGAGGGCUCUCCACUCCGCAUUCUUUGAGACCGAUUCUUAGUGCAGCAGAGAGCACCCAUCUCUCUCCUUCAAGUCUGCUUAUGUGCGUAGUUCAAUGCUAAGAAUGUGUCAAGACUUGGAACAACUUCACAUUCUUGUUCUUAUUGUUUCUGUUGUUGUGUUGAUACAAUAACAUAAUCUGAGCCAAAUCCUAUAAAACAUAGGUUAGUUC